AACGCUUCCCCAAAUCCCUCCCCUGCGCGCUCUUCUUUGCUAUUGUCUCAAAAGCUCUUAGUGACAGGAGCCACAUGAGACAGCGGCGCUCAGGGAAAAGACGCAUUUUACGUGAACUGAAGGUAUAGUCUGUGCAUCUCUAUGGUGUUGUGAUACGAGCAGGAUGUGACAUCAGCAGUCUUCGCUCACAGUCUUCUGCUCGUGCGGAUUGGGCAUGAGUGAGGAGCCCCGCCCUCAUUCACCCAGCUGACCAAUCAGAAUGUUCGAGGUGAAGCCCAUGAGCGUGGAGAAGAAGGACACAGCUGCAGGAACAGAUGAGGGCAGUAAGGUGUGUGACAGGGGUGUCGGCGGUCGUGAAGGGGAUUCUCUGUAUCUUUCCGAGGGUCAGGACUGGGUCAUCUCUCCCUCCUGCUCUCCAGAGGAACCCAGCGCCAUCUCACCCGUGCUGGCCGAGGAAACCUUCCGCUACAUGACAUUCCUAGCUGUUGGUUCCUCUUAUCCUCAUAAUGACUCUAACAGUCUCUCUGAAGUCCUCAGCGCUGAGCGGGUGGAGCAGAUGACCAAGACCUACAGUGACACUGACGUGGUCACACACCUCCUGGCUGAAAGGGAUCGCGACCUGGAAUUGGCAGCUCGGAUCGGUCAGUCUCUCCUACAGAGGAAUCACGUGCUGCAGGAACGAAACGAAUCUCUGGAGGAGCAGCUAGCGCAGGCCCUAGACCAGGUUCAUCAGCUUCAGCAUGAGUUGACGAAGAAGGAUGAACUCCUCCGUAUGGUGGCGAGCACUAGCGAGGAGAGCGAGACCGACUCCAGCUGCUCCACGCCGCUACGUCACCCCGUGCCCGCCGGGACCGCGCUCGCCCUCAGCCAGCUAGAGGCCCUCCAGUUCAAACUCCAGGAGCUGGAGGAGGAGAACCUGUCCCUGAGAUCAGAGGCCUGUCACCUGAAGAAGGAGACCAUUACUUAUGAGGAGAAAGAACAGCAGCUGGUGAGCGACUGUGUUAAAGAGCUACGGGAGUCAAACAGUCAGAUGGUGUCACUGGCGGAUGAGCUCUCCCAGAAGAACGAGGAGUUAAUGAGACAUCAGGAGGAGAUCGCACAACUCCUCUCACAGAUGGUAGAGCUCCAGCAGAGAGUCAAAGAGUUGGCAUUAGAGAAAGAAGAGCUGAGAAUUCACCUGCGAGCCUCGAAGGAAGCACAGCGGCAGCUCACGGUGGAGCUGAAGGAGCUGUCAGACACGAAUGCCGAGUGUGUGGGAAUGUUGCACGAGUCUCAGGAGGAGAUUAAGGAGCUGCGCAGUAAGAACAUGCCGUCUGCAGACCUGCGCAGACACCUGUCGUACGGACUCUAUCCUAUGGAUUCUUUGGCAGCUGAGAUUGAAGGUAGUAUGAGAAGAGAGCUGAGUGUAGAAGAGGAAAUGGUCUUUCAGGACCAGAGGUCGACCCACAAGCGUGUGUUCCAGACGGUGCGGUCUGUCAAUCAGUCGGUGAUGAGAGCGGCUGCCGCAGUGCCUCCGAUCCCUGGCUCCGCCCACAGCGGCGUGGUCAUGACCCCGGUGCCCUAUCAGUCACACACACCCAACACAGAGGAGCGAGCUGGAGACGUGGACACCACCAAAGAGAACUCUCAUCUGGGUCAGCCCGGCUCUCCCGGGGGAAACAACCCCACGUCAGCCCUAAACCGCCUCUCCCUGCGGAGGCAGAACUUCCUGUGCGAGCGACAGUUCUUCCAGGCCGAGAGAGAGCGAAAGCUGCAGGAGCUGGCGGCUGCGGAGUCUGAAGAGGGCGGGACCAGCUGCAGUUCACCAGUGGGAAGCACCGUCUCGUCUUUCACCAACCUAUCAGAGUUCUCCUUCUCCUCCAGCUGUUUCAAGACAUUUCUGCCUGAAAAACUGCAGAUUGUUAAACCAAUGGAAGGUUCUCUGACUCUUCAUCACUGGCAGCAGCUCGCUAAACCCCACCUGGCCACUAUUCUAGACCCCCAUCCAGGGGUAGUUACCAAAGGCUUCCGCCCUCUUCCUCAGGACAGUGUUCACCAUCUGACUGACCUCGAAGAGGACGAAGACCAGGAGAAACUGGCAUGGGAACAUAAGAGAAAAGAGAAGGAGCCACAGGAUGCUAAGAUAAAAGAGGAAAAUGAUGAGGAGGAGGAGGAAGGAAUCACGUUUAAUGUUCACUCAUCAUCAACUCCGGAAGAGAUAGGAAAGAGGAGGUGUGUCCAAAGCCCAGCUAAUGUCCCGCCCCUUCCUGCAUCCCUCAGGAAUUCCCCUGUGCCCAUAGCAACGGCCAUUUCCUUAGCAACAGCAGUUAACCUGACAGCCAGCGCUGCUCCUGCGGUUAGUUCAGGAACCUCAGCAUCAGCACCUCCACAGUUUCAGCUGAGUCUCGAAUCUAAAGCGCCCUCUACAGCUAUAAAUCCUGGGAAAUAUCAGAGCUCCACUUUUUCCACAUACACCUUCACUACCUGCCGGAUCCUGCAUCCUAGAGACAGCACACAAGUGACAGCCAGCUCUGCCUGUAGUCCUUCUGUGAGUGAUUACACCCCGAGUUCUCUCCGGACUGGUCCCAGCACUCCAGUCACACCCUGUAGAUUGAGUCUGGGCGAUUCUUUCCCUAUUCGCUGUCCUGCAGCGCCCCCUGGUGGUCUCGCCAAGCUCCUGCUGGAGAAAGGCAUCUCUGCUCAGGGUCCCGCCACUGUGGCGGCACCCAAAAAGCCUCUUUCCCUACGUCUUCUUCCCAGCACUCCUCAAAACUCCCCAUGCCCCUCCCCUGUGCCCUUCGACUCCCGAUCCACCUCUUCGGACAACUUCUUGGCAUCCCGUCCCGCCGAGCUCUUCCUGCAAGACGUAUACGGGCUGAAACUCGGCCGUGCCCCGCGACCGGAUCUCCUCAGCCCUGAACAAUCCCCUCAUGGGCAGUCAACCAAACCCGACUGCCACACUGUCAACCUCAUGGAGCAUCUUCGCAAAAUUGGCUUGGAUAAAAAAGUCAUCCAAGGGUCAGACACCAAAGGCGCCCAUCCACAGGAAUCUGCCACCUUCCUAGCAACAGGAGGAGGCAGCUUAUUGGAUGGGCUUCGGCGAAAUCAAAGUCUGCCUGUCAUGGUUGGCCGCCGUAGUGCAUCCGUCUCCAGUCCGUCCUGUCCUGUCCCGCCCCCUCACCCUACUUCCCUGGCCCUUCCUACUCCACCAUGGGGGAACCUAAACGAACCGCGGCACACACGUAGACACGCCUCCCUUUCUCAGGCCCCGCCCGACCUGCAUAAUUCAUAAGGAUGUGGGCGUGGAGUAACUUUAUAUCUAUCCCUCGUAUCCUUUAUUUAACCAUCUGUUCCUUGGAAAAAGAGGCCGAAAGACAUUUAAGGUUGUUUUAAAGCACAAAAAUUAAGUUAAAGUGUCUUGUUGCAAUGUUUAUGUGAAAACGCAGAUUUUAAAGGCCUUAAAAGCUCUCAAAAGGAAACAUAGACUUCUAAUCCCAUUCUUCUCCAUCUAAAGUUCUUUUUUCCUUUAUUGUUCAUGUAUGUCCCCUUCAUCCUUUAUUUAGUUUCAUUAACAAGUCAUCACACUUAUAUUCUGUCUCGUGAGGCUGUGGAGCUGUGAAGUGGUGGAUAGAGCAGACAGGAAAAUGUAUGUGUAGAAAGAUGUUGAACGUUGAAUCGAUGGAAGGAAGGAGGUUAAAAUGAAAUGCUAUAAAGGACCGGAGAUAUGAGGGUUUCUGUAGGUUAAAAGUGAAUAAAUGGUCACUUUGAUUCAUCCUAGUGAAUUAUAGAAACAAGAUUGAGGUGAUGAACACAAACAAGAAUGGAGUAUGGCAAGUGAAAUGGAUGGUCGCAUCUUCACAGCCUCAUUUUAGGAGUUUGUCUUGAUUCAUUCAGCAGUUCCUGAGAGUUUCUCUGUGUAGUUGGUCAGUCCAUCCUUCAUUAUAGAUAGCUAAAGCUUUUUAGACAUUUAGUAGGACGUCCACCUGCCCAUAUUUUCUAUUUGUGCAUCAUUACAGCUACAGAUGAAAGGUCAAAGCAAGCAUUUGUGUCCCUGGGCAUGCUAGUGUAUCUGGACAUAAGCUCCUCUUAUAUCUUUGCACUGAAUUAUCUGGUUAUUGGGAAGUUUUGUCACAGAAGAACAGAUCUGAAGUGCUCAGGAUAUAUUUGGGUUUGUACAGACACGUGUUCUGCUACAUGUAACUUGUCGAAAUAAUAUUCAGGGACUGUGUAUAAGGGAAAUGAGUGAUCAGUUCACAUGUAGACUCAAAAGGCAUUAUUGCAGAUUAUACUUUAAAUUUACUUUAAGUUUAGAGGAUUCUGAAACUGAAACCUGAAGAGAAGGGAGUUUGCAUUUACACCCCCUAAAUAUAAAGCAUAAAAAAUGAUUUUAGUGAAUACAGAAACCCUUCUAAAGUAGCACUAAAGAUGGUCAACCAAUUGUAUUACAUGGUCAUGACCUAUGACCCCUGAAUAUUUCCUUAGAGACACCAAAUGUGCUUCCUUGUCAUCUUCACUUAUUUCCCUUAAUUUUAUGCACUUUUAGUUUUUAACCUACUGGAAUUGUGUUUUUAGUAAAUAGGCUUUACAUGUGUUAUCUAACAAUAAGGUAAGACUAGAGUACAUUAAUACAUUUAUGUAACCGGAGAUGGCUAAUAUUAUUCACUAACCUUUCAGCUAAGAGUGGGAUUUUAAUACAUUUCAUGUUUUUGGUGGAGUUUGAGAAAGGGACUCAAUUUUCUAAGACCUUUUUGGGUUUAAACUUAAAAGAUUUUUUUUAUCUUUUUGCCUGAAUUGUCAUUUAAUAAGCUACAACGUAUGUGGAUGUGUUUGUUUUUGUGGUAAACUGACCUUUUGUGCUUUGUGGUAAAUGACAUGAUGACAGCACAACCAUCAGUUUGGUUCAGAAACUGUUACAGGAGUGACAUUUAGUGAGCUUUUGUCAACUAUGCCAAGAACACAAAUGAAUCUAAAUGGGAUUCAAACUAAACUUGGUCAAAUCAAUCACAUCAUUCAACCUCUUCAGAACAAUACCAGCAUGCUUGCUGCAUUUAUACAUCACUAGCUUCGCUCUAUUCCCAGCUGAAGUGUAUGGUACUAAAUGCAUGAUUUGCUUUCUGUAUCAAAGUGUCCUUAUUAACAUCCUGCUGUUGAUAUCAUCAAGCUCUAUGCUGCCAUUGAGGUCAAAGGUCAAUGCUUGAUGAUAAUGCUACUAGCUGUGACAUCAAGCACCAGGUGAUUUCUUUUGUGCUGUUGACAUGGUGUGUUUUCCUGUGUUUAGGUGUCAGAACUGUGUUAGGUUGGAUUUUUUUAUAAUAAAACAUGAAAAAAAACCUUUGG